ACAGUUUUAGAAAAUCCCAAUCUGAGCUCAUUCAUUCCUGUUUCCUAUCAUGCUCCCAGAGCCUUCCGCCACCAACAAAGCGGCUGAUUACGAAGCGGCAACCUCUUUCCUCGGAGAAUGGGGACGUUUCCAGCGGCGGGUCUUUUUCCUCCUCUGCCUAAGUGUCGUCCCUAAUGGACUCGUCGCCUUCUCGAUCGUUUUUCUGGCCGACACGCCGGCCCACCGCUGCCUGCUUCCCGCGCACCUAAACCUCAGCGCCGCAUGGAGGAACAGCAGCAUCCCGCUGGAGGAGGAGGAUUCGAGCCGCGGAGGCGCUUUGGUGCCCAGCAAAUGCUCCAGAUACAAACUGGAGCAUGUGCUGAAUUACUCGGAGAGAGGUUUGCUACCUGGAGUGGACGUUAAUCUGUCUAAUGUUCCCAAAGAAGGCUGCUUGGACGGAUGGACGUUUGAUCAGAGCGUUUAUACAUCUACUAUUGUAUCUGAGUGGAACCUGGUGUGUGAUGAAAGUUGGAAGAGCCCACUGACAUCUUCUAUCUUCUUCUGCGGUGUUCUCACUGGCUCCUUAAUUUCUGGACAGCUCUCUGACAGGUUUGGGAGAAAAAUUGUGAUGUUUGCCACCAUAGCUAUACAGGCAGUCUUCAGAUUCAUUCAAGUUUUCUCUCCAAACUGGAUCACUUUCUGUGCUUUGUAUUUCAUUGUCGGGAUGGGACAAGUUUCCAAUUACGUGGUUGCAUUUGUUUUAGGAAUGGAAGUAUUAGGCCUGCAUAUCAGGACAAUUUUCUCCACGGCUGGAAUGAGUCUGUUCUUUGGUGCGGGCUACAUGCUGUUGCCGCUGCUCGCAUUCUUCGUAAAUGACUGGAGGAUGCUGCUCCUUGCCCUGAUGCUACCAAGCUGCCUGUGUUUGCCUCUGUGGUGGUUUAUCCCGGAGUCUCCUCGCUGGUUGCUCUCUCAGGGAAGAAUAGCAGAAGCCGAGGCCAUAAUCAGAAAUGCAGCUAAAAUGAACAACAUUGAGCCCCCGGUGGUCAUCUUUAAUCCUUUACAGAAUGGAGUUAAGGCAGAGGAGAGGAGGGCCUAUAACAUCUGUGACCUGCUUCGUUCUCCAAACAUCCGCUGGAUCUCGAUCACGCUGUGGUUGAUCUGGAACACCCUCACCAUCGCCUACUUUGCCCUUUCCCUGAACACGGCGAACCUCCAUGGGAAUGCCUACUUCAACUGUUUCCUGUCCGCCCUGGUGGAGAUGCCAGCCUACGUUCUGUCCUGGGUCAUGUUUCGCUGGUGUUCCAGACGAAUGAGUGUUUUCUCAUCGCUCUCCUCAGGAGGGGUGUUCCUACUGAUCAUGCAGCUCAUACCAGCAAACUUGGUGGCUGCAUCCAUAACGUUUGAGAUGAUGGGGAAGUUUGCUGUGUCGACUGCAUUUGCUGUUGUGUAUGCCUACACAGCAGAGCUGUACCCAACUGUGCUGAGAAACACAGCUGUUGGCGCCUGCUCUAUGGCCUCCAGAAUAGGCAGCAUUAUUGCUCCAUUUUUCAUUUAUUUAAGAACCUAUUCUGUCUCCCUGCCUUACAUCCUAAUGGGAAGUCUAACAACUGCGGCGGGGUUGCUGAGCCUUCUGCUGCCUGAGAGCUUUGGAAUGCCACUGCCGGACACCAUCAAUCACAUGCAACAAUUCCCUGGAUGUUGUCGGAAGACACCUUACAUUGUCACGCACACUAUAGAGGAGGAAAAAUCUACAGAAGUAAGGUCUCUGGUCAUAAGGGAGCAGCUCUCAAGUCUGAAUUCAAACAAAUGAGGAGCCAUGAAGUUCAUGUGUGCAUAUAUGAGAAAAUCCAUCUUUGGUCUGGGAAAUCAUACACAAAAAAGCAUUGUGUGUGAAGUGAUUUUCCCAACAUUUCUAUGAAACUUUUUUUUUUCUUCACCACACCAUCAAAAUACUUUAUGAGUUACAGUACUUUUCUCUUUUGUGCAUUACUAUUCUUUUCCUCCGUUAAUGUAACUGCUGCCUUAGUUGAAAGUGCUGAUAAACUCAAAAUGUUGUAAGAGAAUUUGGAACGUAAAAGUAUUAAAAUACAGGUUUCAUUUUUACCCUACUUUUUUAAAUAUAAAUGUAUGAAACUGUUUUACUUACAUUUCUGGUCAAUAUUUUAUCUUCAUUAUUUCUGAUUUAAUAAUAUAGACUGAGCCACAUAAACCUGUUGUUUUUAACAGUUCUCUGAUAAAUCACACAUGUGUGAAAUUGUAAUACAAUUCAAUUUUUACUGCACUUUUAAUAGUUACCAUCUUCUGCUGUGAUUAGAAAAGAGCCCAAACAUGUAACAGGGAAUCAUGUUUAAAUUCUUUUUGUGUGGGAAAAUGUUACCUGCAGCUCCCACAAAUCUGAUUUUCAUUAUUUCUGAUGUUAGUUUGAUCUCAAAUGUACUUUAAAAGUGCAUAGUGUCUUGUAUGCACUGAUGGCAAAAGCAUUAUGACCACUGACAGAUAAAUAAAUAACACGGGUAAGCUCUUAAUCAUGACACCUGCUAGUGAGUGCGAUUUUUUUGUUUGUUUUAGGAAACGAGUAAUCAUAUUGGCUUUAAAGUUUAUGUGGCAAGACGUGCAAAUAUGAGAAUUUGACAGAGAUCUAAUGACGACUAGAUAGCUGGGUCAGUGCAACUGUUGUGGGGUGUCAAAAGUGGUCCAAAGUGGGUACAGGGAGGAACCAGUGACAGUGUUGAUGCAAGUAGGAAAUAAAGGUUGGCCUGUUUGCUCUGAUCCAAUAAACAAGCUACUGUGGCACAAAUUACUGAAGAAGUUAAAGAUGGUUUUGACAAAAAGGUUUCAGAAUACACAGUGCAUUGUUGCAUAUGGGCCUUGAUAGUUACAGACCAGGCAGGGUGCCCAUCAUGGUAGUCAUAAUGUUAUGCUUGAAAAGUAAAAAAGGCCAACAGGCCAAACAGAAGACUUAGGAUGUCCAUGAGUAAGACACAUGUUGGAUAAGUAUCUUCAGUCUAACUGUCCAAUAGAUAAGAAUAAAGGAGCAAUAAAAUGACUUUUGUUACACAUUUAAA